UACAAACCCUUCCCUAUUCAGAUCAAGAGGAAAAGGAGAAAGAGCUUGCCCCUCUGAACCCCAAAAGAUCACGCACGGAAUCACUGUACCUCUCACACUUUAUAAAUGCCAAAGCCAGGCCGCUCUUACCUCUUUGUGUCUCCGUGCAUUCUGCAUCAAGAAUAAAGAAACCUGUACCGAGCCCCCUGAAAGAUAACGCUGAAGGAGCGUGCGUUGCGUCCUUUGAGUACGCGCCGGCCGUCAAUGGGGGAGAAAGUAGAAGCGAGGGACUACAACGGUUGCGAUCAGGAGAGCUUCAUCACCGGCGACAGCCCUCGGUACCGGUCUUUCAGCCAGAAGUGCGGCCAUCUGGCCAAGAAGCAGAGGGCCAAGUUCUACAUCCUCCGCCGCUGCAUCGCCAUGCUCUUGUGCUGGCACGAGCAACAAUGAGCUCAAAAGGAUGCCACUUUUAUCAGAUGUUACAGACUUGUAUCAUUAUAAUUAUAUUGUAAGGUAUACUUAUUUGUCCCAAACUGCCUUUGCUCCUGCGCAAAUCAGAUUUGUUGCGGUCUUUAAUCAUGUGUCCAAGAUUCUCUUGCUUAUAUUCAUAGGCUUCAUCAUCA